CUACUGUGGCACGAGCAGUAUGCAGUACAUUUUACGUGAAUGUACGCAUAUCAAUCAAAUUAAAACGUCCGAAACUACUUCUGAAUUAAUUCAUCCCCUAACCAAGUCUAUUAUUGCAAUCCUAACAACGACAUCGAGCGUGAAAUAAGGAAGUAACUUGAUGAUAUGCCCAUUUUAAAGAUGACGCAUAACUUCAUGUAGUCAGUGUGUUGUCAUGGUAACGUGUCAAACGAGUUCAGGAAUGGCGAGCUUGAUGGGAGAAACUUUGUUUGAGAUCAGUGGACAGGCUCCUGCACCUUUAAAGGACUACUUUAACUUUGAAAUUUCACAAUCUGAGGUAAUUUGGAGAUGGUGGAAGAUUUCUUUGAGAUUAAACUCCAGGAAUACAAAACCAGGAGAACUGAGACAAUCACACGAAGACUACCUAGAAGACAGCCGCCUGCAAAGUCAGGUGGCCAUGGUGUUUGGUCCUCACAUCUUACAGUACUCCAAACAAUUAUGCCAGGGACAAUACGAUUACAUUGUACGUCUCCCCAACUCUUUACUAUUCAACAUCAUGACACGUUUGAACCUCGAAGAUCUUGAAGGCCUUUCACGCACCUGCCACAGGUUUAGAGAGCUUUGCAAUUCAGAGGAGUUUUGGGAGCAGACAGUGAGAAAUCAAUGGGGUGCUCUCACUCCCUCCAUGGAAGAUUUGGCUAAGGAUGUUGGCUGGAGGACAGUUUUCUUUACCAACAAGCUGCAUCUGCAGAUGCAAAUUAGCCGGCGGAAGCAAAAGGAGAAUCAGCCCAGUGAGGAUGAAGAAAAACAGACUUGCCCUUCACUACCUUUGGAGGAAGGUUUGAGCUGAAGACCUUGUUAAGAGCUUUUAUUUGGUCCGAGUCAAAAGUCGAAUUUCAUUUCAACAUAGAAUACCACUUUGCACCACGUACAUUUGUUGUACAUAUAGCCAUUUAGACUGUUUUAAUUUGGAUAAAUCUAGAAAGGUUUUAACAUUAUUACUAAUUUGGAGACAAAAUAUUGCUACUUUCCUCUACGUUUCACCCUGGCAUGUUUAUGCACUCUGUAAUGUUACAUUUAAUACAUUAUAUUACAGACAAAAUGUCUCUCAGCAUGUUAAAAGGCAAAAAAUUUUACUGUAAUGAGCUGAUAGUCUCCCACUGUUUUCAGCCUAUAAUUAGGUUUGUGAUUUAAAGGUUAUGUUUUGCCAUUUUGUUCUUUUCAUUACUGUCAAUUGUCCUGUCUUGAUUGAUAAAAAUUAAUUUAAUAAAACUCUAUUCUAUUUUUA